AGUUACCACCUACAACUUACUCUCCUCCUUACCUCGUGUUUUCCUUUCUGCUUCCUCCCACUAGAACCUAAGUUCCAUGAUGGCAAGAAUUGUUUAAAAGUUUAAUGUAUUGCUCUGUGCAGCUCACUGCCUAGAGCUUGGCACAGAGAGUGCGCUUGGCAAAUGUUUGUUCAAUGAAUGAAUCUUUGUAGAAAAUGAAAGCGUGAAGACCAGCCUCCCAGGCGCUUUCCAGAGAUGGACCGUCUGACUCUCUUCUUGGCUCUUCUUCAUGUCUACAAAGGUCUAGGGGAAGACAGGCUUUGGGACACAACCAUCAAGCUGGCGGAGACGGUGACUCUGGAGUGCGUGUACCCGCUGUCGUUCCACCUAACCCAGAUGGAGUGGUUCAGGCUGGACGCCACGAAGAAAGAGUCUAUUGCCAUUUUCCACCCCGACUAUGGCGAGGUCAUAAGGGAGUCCUAUGCUGGGAGGGUGGACUUGGUCAAGUCGCCCUCGAAGCUCAACGACAGGGUGCUGUCCAUUCGUAACGCCUCGGAGGCUGAUGUUGGCUUCUACUCCUGUCGUCUAGAUACCUUCCCAUAUGGAUCUUGGGAGAAGGUGAUACAGGUGGUUCCAGCAGAUCGUUUUGAGACAGCUGUGUCACCAAACAGCCAUGUCGUCUCAGAAACUGGAGAAAAUGUCACACUCACCUAUGAGUUUCAAACGAACAGUUCAAUGCAACAGGUCACGUGGGAAAAGGUCCAGCCCCGUCAGAUUGACCUCUUAACUCGAUGCGAUCUGCCACAGGGCAAGAGCAACACCUCAAGGUACCCAAGGCAGAUACUGAGCACCUGCGCCCAGGGGAUGAGAAGGAGCACCAUUGUCCUGCCCCAAGUCACGGCCUCUGACUCUGGACUCUACCGCUGCCUCUUCCAGGCCGACACAGGGGAAAAUGAAACCUUUGUGUUUAGGUUGACUGUAACCGAUGAUAAAACCGUUAACCACUAUAUCCUCUUCACGGUUGGAGGGCCAGUUUUAUUGCUGCUGUUUGUUAUCCUAAUUGCCAUCGUCAUCGUCAUUGUUUGUAACAGGAGAAAGAAAAGAUGCCAGUGUAAGGAGCCUCAGGAAACAAAGAGUAAGGCCUCCAACAACUACCGAAGUCCCCCCUCCACCAGUCAGGAGUCCGAUGGUGCAGGAGAGGACGUGUAUGUCAACUUCCCGACCUUCUCUCGUAGACCGAAGGCUAGAGUCUAAGCUUCUUCCUUGACCUGAUCAAAUUUACAAUGACUGUUAUGUACAUGGACCUUUAUACAGUUUCUUCUCACUACUCAGUGUCUACCCUGAGAUACCAGUUGACUGAAUAUAUUUUAUUUUUAUUUUAUUUUUUGAAUUCAAAUAUCACACUAUUUAAUUCCUCAAUAAAACACUGGAAAAAGGAUGAUGAGUGCUACAUUUACAUAUAAAAUCUCUGCCUAAUAAGUAGCAGAAGCCUAUGUACUAAUUUCCUAAAGUUAAAAGAUACACACACAAUUUGGGGUUUAUUAACAAAACAGAAUAUUACAGAAUAUUAACGGCAAUUCUUCCGUCCAUGGUCUCAUCACCUCGUACUUGAAGGGUCAGGCUCUGGUCAGCCUGGAGAUGUGUAGAGUCUCUUCUGCUUUCACCCAUCCCAGGCCAGUACUAGGGCACAGGGGGCCCCGCCAGCCCUGCCCCAGGGCCACAGCCCCUGCUGCCCCGACUCCUGCUGGCCAUGGAGGGGGAACUGCUGGAUCUGCCUGCUCGCUCUCUCUGGGGUUGGUGACCCACACCACCUAAAGAGAACAAUGGUAGCAGGAGUGUUUCAGUAAACCCACCUCUGAUCAGCUUAGACGCAAACGGCAAUGUACUGACUCCGGUCACGGAACCACCCAGGGGAGGUCAAGCCGCAGAUGAGGGCUAUUGACCAGGGCUUACCGGCUGUGUCUGAAUCAAGUGUGGGCAUAGACCAGUUUCUGGAUCCCUUCUGUGACAUUGGACUCCCUUCAGCGGUGCCAGCCGAACUUCCAUUUGGGCUUUGCCCUGGUGCUUCCCAGAGUGCUUUCGUCCUUGUUUCUGGCUGGUGGAAAGUUCACUUGUGUUGUGGAGCAGACGCAUUUGGUGAUUUGCCCAUCAUUAAACAGGUCUCCUGGCCAGAAAGGAUAGAAUGGCUUCAGUCAGUGAACUGUUCACCUCUGGAGCUAGGAGUGGGGCCAAAAUUCAGCCCGUGGGAGAUUCAGAGACCCGUUAGGAGAGGGAUGGGGAGCCCAGAAGCCAGCAGGUCGGCAGCCAGUGUGGCCUGCAGGACAUUCUGAGACAUCUGUUGGUCAACCGCAAAGAGAACUUGCUGGGGGAUCUCAGUCAACUCUCUCGCCUGCUUUAGAAUCUGCUGUAUCAACAUAGUUCACAAGAGCCUCUGACAGUAGACUAAACGAAUGCUCAACAGCAUGUGAAGGGGAAACCCCUUCCCUUUUGGUUCUCAAAUAAACUUAUCUCUGAAUCUGUAUGGAAUUCUUCCACUAUCCCUGGCGUAACCUUAUGAGCAAGUGCAGUAGAUGGUCCAAUAAUAGUUUAAUGUUAAUACUAAAUUUUCCUACUUUUUAGGGUUAUUUUAAUAUCUAAAGCUUCUCAAAAGGGGCAGGCACAUAGGCAAUAUUAGCUCUUUAAAAAUAA